UUUUGACCUCGACAAAUACUAGAAUAUGGCAUCAUUCAGCUAUUCCGAACCUAAUCACAAUCCUUGGAUCAACGAAGACAAGUCUUUGACAUCGAUUAAGAAUGCCCUUAUCUUAGGAGAAAAAACUGGACAUAUAAGAAAGAGGUAUGACGAUGACUCAUGUGAUGAAUCAAGCAGUAAUUUUGAUGAAGAAGUACUCCCAUCACUGAAACUAAUCUCUGUUCAACGAGAAAUCUCAAAAAAAAGAAGAGAAUUAAAUGAAGUAAAACUUCAGAUACAGAAGAGAAUGCAGGAUAAAGAAACUCAUGAUAUUACACAUAUAGAUAAACUUGAGAGCAAGAUACAACAAGUAAAAGAAUUAAAUAAUCACCUUCAGUCUAUAUUAUCAUGUAAAGAUCAGGUAGUCAAUAGACUACAACAACCUCUUGUUGGUGAUUAUAUUAAAAUAGAUGCUGCAUAUCAUAGAUAUGUAAGUGAGUUAUUUCCUUUGGUCACACCAUUACUGGGAGAUUUGAAUAUGCAUUUAGAUAAUAUCAGUUGGAUAAAAUCAACCAAUUUUCCCAAAGGAAGAACAAAAUUGGAAAGUGUACUAACAGAGUUAUCUAGUGCCAUUGCUGGUUUACAGUCACAGUAUCAAGCACUGUGUCAGUUGAGAAAAGGGAUGAAUGAUAUGUAUAAAGCAAGUGCUAAUAAUAGAUGACAAGCUAGAUUUUAAUAUAAAGUCUUAACCCAUAAAUUAUUUAUUAAUAAGUUUCUCAGAAAAUAAAUUGUCCAUUUGAUUGUGAGUCGAGGAGAAUCUGAUUAAAACACAGAUCCUAUUUAGUUUCAGUUCUUAUAAAUCAAAAUUUUGUUUUACUUGUCUAGUAUUUUCCCCAACCUAUUCUUCGAACAUCGCAGCAUGUGUAGGACGUUAUAUUACGUCUGGUCGAGGAAAUCUAAUUGAGGGGAGACAACUCUAUUUACCGUUAGUUUUAUAUGCUUUUGGACUACAAACUAAAGGUCCAAAAAUGACGUUUUUCGUCAAAUUAAUUACACAAUAGGGGUUAGUUAACGUUUUAAAAUCUACACAGUUAAGGGGUUAUAAAUAACCUGCAUGCUGGAUGAUGUGAGAGAUUAGUCUGUUGAGUUGAGUUCUUAUCGGGUAGCACUGUUGGUAGACAUUCACAGCAAAGGAAAAUACAAAGGAAAAUUUGUAUUAACAAAUAGCCAAUUGGUUAAUCGAAUGAAAGACUUCAUCUUAUUCACAAGUCACUCACUAACACCUGAUUUUAACUCUUCAUGGUUAUUACCUGCUGGACUAACAAGGAAAGGGUUGUCAAGUCAUUGAGUGGUAUGAAAAAACAAGGUACACUCAUAUGCACACUGGAAUGCACAUGAAAUAUCCCUUGAGGCGGAGAAUCUGCUCCCCAGGCAAAAUUCUUCUCCCUUGCAUUGCACAUGACCAUAUUUUGUUAAUUUCUAUCAAAUUCUAAUCAAAAUAACACAUCAGAUCAACCCAAAUCAACACGUUAUUUCUCUUAAUCAGCUCGGUUGAUAUAGAAAAGUAAGACAUUAAACAUUUAUCAAAUUUAUUUUAUGUCUACAUAAAUACUGAAUUUAAAUGCCUAAAAAUUAUUAUCACUAUUCAUUUUUCUUUUGUUUUAUUACUUUCUUGAUAUCUGAAGAUAUAUAUUGUGUAUAAUAUAUUUUGUUUCUAAAUAUACAUACACGUACAUAUUUACAUUAUAAUAAGUUCAUUUAUAGUAUUUACUGUUUUGUUAAACAAUUAAGAUGUCAUGAAAGUAAUGCGACCUGAAGAAGGCGGAGGUCAUAAAUGUGUCGGGAAAGUAAAGGCCCAACACAUUUAAGACAAACAACAAA